GUCACCGGAAGAGGGCUAGAUGUGCGACGGGUUUUACUGCCUGAGCUAACGGGCCGGGAAAAGUAUAAUUUGCUAACCCCAACGGUGUUCCUGGUGCAGCUAGUGAUAGCAAUUGGCACACCAGAGCUUUGAUUUAAGAUGGCACUAAACCCACAGUACGAAGAAAUAGGCAAGGGGUUUGUCACCCAGUACUAUGCCCUGUUUGAUGACUCAGCACGACGCUCCAGCUUAGUCAAUUUAUACAACGCCGAACUAUCCUUUAUGACCUUUGAAGGACAGCAAAUUCAGGGAGCAGCUAAAAUUUUGGAAAAACUACAGAGUCUCGCCUUUCAAAACAUUAACCGUGUGCUAACAGCCGUCGAUUCCCAGCCUAUGUUUGACGGUGGUGUGCUCAUCAAUGUUCUCGGAAGAUUACAAUGUGACGACGAUCCUCCUCAUGCAUAUUCACAAACAUUUGUGUUGAAACCGAUAGGCACGUCAUUUUUUUGUGCUCAUGAUAUUUUCCGGCUUAAUAUUCACAAUUCUGCGUAGAAGUGUAUGUUUUGCUCAUUUCUAUUUUUUAUUAUACAAGGCGAAUCUGUUUGAUUUGCCAUUGCAACACAAUGUUUUAUUGAAGCUCUUUAAAAGGUUGGUACGGCUUCGAAAAUUAACAUUCAGUUGAAGAUACGUUAGCUCUUCCGAUGGUAUUCGUAAUCCCUUUCAACAUCGUAUAUAAAAAAAAUAGUACGCUGACAUUGCUGACCACAGCUAACAACCAGACUCGAUCUUGUUUGUUGAACAACAUUGCUCUGCGACAUGCUUUGCUAGGCUAAUUUUGGUAUUUAUAAAAGAUUAGCCUUCCAAAUUUAUAACAGAUAAAAGGUGUCUUUAAACUUUAUAGUUUAAACUUUAUAACAGGAAAAAAGUUUUUGGAACCAAAAUCGGAAAGAAAGUGUAAAGAAUGUGUUAUAUGAUUAUGAUUUGAAGGAAGGCUUUAUAGAUCAAGAUCGUGCUUCUUCAUCUGAACAGGGAACAUGUGUUGCACUAGAUUGCAACCUGGCACAAUAUGAGAAAUUUAGUAUCGUGAUCUUUGCUGAUUAUCUGCAUGUUUGCCUUUUGUGUUUUGAAUAAAAUAAACGCUUAAGCAAAAAACCCGCAAAGUGGCGUUUGAUUUUGUU